CCCUGGCCACGCCCCCGGCCCCGCCCCCCGCGGCCGCACUGACCGGGGCGCGGGGUCGGGCCGGGGCCGCUCCGGGGCCGCCGCCGCCGCUUCAGCACCUUCAUCAUCGCCACCGCCGCCAUGGGCUCCGUGCAGCAGCGCCUGGAGCGCUUCCUCCACAGCCCCGGGCCGAUCGGAGACCUGCUGGGCCAGCUGGAAGCCCGUACCGGCGUCCAACGGCUCUACCUGGCCUCAGGCUCCGUGGCUUUCCUGGGGCUGUACCUCAUGUUCGGCUAUGGAGCUUCCCUGCUCUGCAACCUCAUCGGCUUCGUCUACCCCGCCUACGCCUCCAUCAAAGCCAUCGAGAGCCACAGCAAGGAGGAUGACACCACGUGGCUCACCUACUGGGUGGUGUACGGCGUCUUCAGCGUGGCCGAGUUCUUCUCCGACCUUUUCCUCUACUGGUUCCCCUUCUACUAUGCCGGGAAGUGCGUGUUCCUGGUGUGGUGCAUGGCCCCCGUGCCCUGGAACGGCUCCCAGGUUCUCUACCACAGCGUCAUCCGGCCCUUCUUCCUCAAGCACCACAAGGCCGUGGACAACAUGAUGGGCGACAUCGGCACCAAGGCCCUGGACGCGGCCUCCGCUGUCACCCGAGAAGGCUUCAAAGCACCCCUGAACCUGGCAGAGUUAGCACAGAAGGCGAAGUGAGAGGGGCAUCGGCGCCUCUGGUACCGGCACUACAGCCCCGGUACUGGGACCGGUACCGGCACCAGCGGCCCCAGUACCGGCACCCAGCACGCUCCCAGUACUGGUACCGGCAAACCCCAUUCUGGCACCGAAGUCCCUCAUACAGACGCCGGUACCGGCACCGUGCUCCCGGUACUGGUACUGGCAUCCUCCGUUCUGGCACCGACGUCCCCCGUACAGACACCGGUACCGGCACCGUGCUCCCGGUACCGGUACCCUGUGAGCGGUACCGGCCAGCCGGGCCGUACCCGUCCGGGACCCCGAGUUUGCCCAGUCCGAGCCCGUUGUUCCCCAGCCCCCCAAUAAACGCCGGUGCCCACCGAGCGCCGCUCCCGCCCCGCGCGUUCCGUGACACCGCGCGGCGCCUUUAAGAGAACCGGGGGGCGGAGCCUUUGGGAGUGGGCGUGGCUGUCCUGA